CACAUCGAACAAUCGGAUCCCGGAGACAAUCUGAAGACGAGGCGUUUCCAGUCGCUGUCUGGUCGGCUGUGCCUUCUUGGCUGUCUUCUGUUGUCGCUCCCGUUGUUUGGAGUACGGACGAAAAACGCAUAACCUACUGAUUCCCAGCUCAGCGGAUCAUGGAAACAGAGCAAAUUCCUGAAACGAAGAUCAAAAGAUAACGAACGCGAGGAAUAUGACGACAAAUGGACAUUUUAAUAGUCGGGAGUCACGAAACCGAUGUUACCCUGUACCACAAACUGUGUGCUACCAUCGAGGAGACUUGCGGUCUCGGGAUGUCCCAUAUAACUGCGCUAAACUCUGAUUAGGCAAAUGUAUGGGGCGCCUGCUUUGGAACAAAGGGGGAAAACAAAGUUUGAUGUGAUUUGUUAAUUUGGUUUGUUACAACAGACACAGACUCUCAGUAGACAGAUUUCACAGUCAUCGGCUGGUUACAUUUGAUGCUUCCUACUGGUGGAAAAAAGCUAUGAAGGUUAAUGCAAGACCUUUGAGGUAGUUUUACACUAUUUCACUGGCAUUCUAAAAUGAUGAACAACUUGCAUUUUAUGCUGUUUUGAAAAAAAAUGUGUGAUGCUGGACUCUCCAAAGCACAGAUAUUCUUGCCUGACUGCAGUCUGAAGCCUGGACAGCUAUACAAGUAGCUGAGAAUAAAUCGGAAUAUAUUGUCUUUGAAGAGGAGGAAAAAGAAAAACAUGGCAGUUGAAAGCCGAAUAACAAUUCUUCAUGUUGGACUGAUUGCCUUGGUGGUUCUUCUGGGUCCUGUGGCUGCUGCACAGAGUGAGCAGAGGGAGUGCGCGUUUGCAGAACAGAAGCAGUCUUUGGGUGAGCGGAUUGAGAACUCCACCGUUCGCUGUAUUCAUGAACGCCACUGCUAUGGACUCUGGGUGAAAAAAGAUAAUGAAAUCCAAAUAAUGAAGCAAGGUUGCUGGACAAAUGACCAUCAGAAGUGCUAUGACCGCUGCGUUGUGAUCAAUCCACCGUCAAUGGCCCAGAAUGGAACGCUUCGAUUCUGCUGCUGCAACAAAGACAUGUGCAACCUGAACUUCACUGAGGACUUCCCACCUCCUUCCCCGACCACUGUACAGCCUCUACAUUCCCGCCCACUUUACAAAGAGGAAGCCAUAGUUGUCGCUUUAGCAACUGUGUCCAUGGUUGCUGUCCUCAUCAUUCUGCUGUUUUUCGGCUACCGCAUGCUAAGAGGACGUGGUAAACACUCUCUGCAUACCUUGGAUAUCCUGGAGACUGCACUUUCCCCUCCUUCUCUGGAUUUGGACAACCUCGUACUGCUGGAGCUGAUUGGCCGGGGCCGGUACGGAACAGUGUAUCGUGGUUCGCUUGAAGACCGAUCUGUGGCAGUGAAAGUUUUCAUUUCUGCUAACCGGCAGCAGUUCACUAAUGAGCGUAUGAUUUAUCGCCUCCUCUUGGAUCAUGAGAAUGUAGCACGUUUCUUAGAGAGCGAGGAACGUGUCGGUACAGAAGGCCGGACAGAGUUGCUUCUCUUGCUGGAGUUUUACCCUCAUGGCUCUCUGUGCACGUAUCUCAGCGGGCGGACUGUGGACUGGCUGAGCUGCUGUCGUUUGGCUCUGUCUGUCACCAGAGGGUUGGCGUACCUGCACACAGAAAUACAGAAAGGGGAUGUGUAUAAACCGGCUGUGUCCCAUCGGGAUCUGAACAGUAGGAAUGUGCUGGUGAAGACAGAUGGCUCUUGUGUGAUCAGUGAUUUUGGACUUUCCAUGAUUUUGACUGGAAAGAGGCCGCCUGGGCAUGGAGAAGAGGACAACAGUGCCAUCAGUGAGGUGGGUACAGUGCGAUACAUGGCUCCAGAAGUGCUAGAAGGGGCAGUGAAUCUGAGAGAUUGUGAGUCAGCGCUGAAACAAGUGGAUGUUUAUGCACUGGGUCUGCUUUACUGGGAGACCUUCAUGCGGUGUGCGGACCUCUUCCCAGGUGAGGCAGUUCCAGCAUUUCAGAUGGCGUUUCAGGUAGAGGUAGGCAAUCACCCUACCAUAGAAGACAUGCAGGCACUUGUGUCCCGAGAAAAAGAAAGACCUAAAUUCCCAGAGGCCUGGAAAGAGAAUAGCCUGACCGUGCACUCACUGAAAGAGACAAUGGAAGACUGCUGGGAUCAGGAUGCUGAAGCCCGACUGACGGCUCAGUGUGCAGAGGAGAGACUCGCUGAACUUCUCCUUAUCUGGGACAGGGAAAAAUCAGUCAGUCCUGCUCUCAACGGCAGCACUGCACUGUUUAACCACAGGAACUUCUCUGCUGGCAGGCAGACACCUAAGGUGGGUUCUUUCCUUGAACACUCCUCCACAAACACUGAAGACCGUGAGGGUGUUGAUAAACCCCUUCACAAUGACACCUCAGUGGACCCACCUAUAGUGGGAGGGUCUAACACUACAGAGAAGAACAGGAACUGCAUAAACUAUGAGUGGCAGCAGGCCCAAUCAAGGCAGUCCAGCACAGAAAGCUCCUCCCCGACUCCAAUCUCAGAGUCCUGCAAUGCCACACACCCUCCACCAGUGGGCAACAGUGGCCUUCUCUGUGCUCAGCUGACCCAAGAAGACUUGGAGAUACCAAAACUGGACCCAAGUGAAGUCCAGAGGAACUUGAGGGAGAGCUCUGACGAGAGCCUGAUGGAACAUUCACAGAAACAGUUCUGCUCUCCGGAAACAUCAGCCUCACUCGGCUUCUACCCUCUCAUGAAGAUGGCUUCUGAGCUUUCAGGGUCACAGGGUUCUGCUCGGCAUGUUGACACCCCUAUAACCAUCCUACCUAAGCAGCAGAAUGUUCCUAAGAGGCCGAGUACCCUAAGUCUCAAUGCUAAGCCUUCUGGGAAAACACCCACGUUGUCAUCUUCAUCACUGCGGAUGAAAUUUGGGAAGCUUGGAAAGUCAAAUCUGAAGAAAGUCGAAAUGGGUGUGGCUAAAGCCAGUGCAGUCAGUGCGGCACACGAGGCCAGGCCGAUUACCGUUGCCAACAACGAUGCUGCGGCAGCAGUGAGUAAAUAUGCGACCGGAGCAGCACCUGAGUCAGCAGGAAGUGCAGCCAAUGCCGCUGAUGUCCGUUGGAAGGGCGCCAUGAGUUCAGAGGACUUGACCUUCGGCCUCUUGAACACUAGCCCUGACGAGCAGGAGCCUCUUCUCAGAAGAGAGGCGCAUCCUGACAAUGCAAACAACAACAACAGCAAUAACAACAAUGGUGAAGGAGAGGGUGAGGGAGACACUGAGGGUGGAGGAGAGGGAGGAGAGAACAGUGAGAAUGUUGGUCCAACUGGAGAUGCUCCGUCGUCUUCUAACGUGGAGCCUGUUGCGCUGCCCGCCCCGUGUCCUGCCUCAGCCGUGGUUCCUCCACAGGCCCAAACCCAAGCUCAGACACACGGAGAGGCCCUGCUCAGACAGAACCGUGUGCGCAGACCCGAGAGACCCAACUCACUAGAUCUGUCCAUCACCACACUGCCAUUACUAGGAGGCAAGUCUGCCAGUGACGUGACAGAGGGAUCAGGAGAUAAAAUCAAGAAGCGAGUAAAGACGCCUUACGCUCUAAAGAAGUGGCGUCCUGCCAGCUGGGUUAUCACCACCGAUACACUAGAUGCUGAAGUCAACAACAACACCCGUCAUGGGGGGCUCGGUCAGAACCAGAAUCAGGCCGGUACCAGCAGACCUAAAUCCGCCUCGGCCGUGUAUCUAGGUAGUCGGGGAGGAUCUCGCUUCUCAGAUCCCAAUGACUGUGACUUUUGACCUCUUUUUCAUCUUAAAAAAAUUUAAUCAUACUCUACAGCUCUAAAAAGUCAAGAGACAAGUGAGGACUAGACCAUAUACAUGUCUUAAAUUUAACCCCAAUUGUAAGCACAGUUAGAGUCUUAGUGGAUUUUACACUGAAAAGAGCUAUGCAGCCAUCUUUUAGUUUAAUGUUUCUGUUUUUCCUUUUAAUUACUUUUUGGUUGCACUUUUUGCUUGAAGUUAUAAAUCAUAAUUACUUUGACCAUUUGAAAUGGUCCCUAAUAUUAAACCGGUGUAAAUGUGUACUUAAUCCUCACAUAAUCGAUAUUAAUUCAUAGUUAUGCUCACUUCUAAAACAUUUAAUUGCUCUUAGUGAUUGCAACCUCUAUGAAAUUAUAAAAAAUAUUUUAAAACAAUCAAAAAAAAAUUCAUCAUUCAGAACCCUGUUAUAAGAUUAUAGGGUUAUUCAUUAAUGCUAAUUUUAAUCAUUUCAUUUAUAAGGUUAAAAAGCUUUCAUAUUUCCCCAUGCAGACCUGCAAAAUAUGUUUACAUUCUCUAAUAUUUUCCCAUGCACAGUUUCCUGCAGCUUUGAGAUUUAUGAGACAAUAUUACUGAAGUUCCGUGACUGUGUUCACAGCGUCUGAUACUUGUAAGCGCUGCUGUGUGUGCAAAAUGACAGCAGGCUUCCCUUUCCGAGGUCUGAAAGAAGCCAACAGACUAUAAAAAAGCAAUUCAACACAUUUCACUGUGGUGGCACUAUGUAUCUCAGCAUCAGACACUCAAGACAAUAUUUAGAAAUGGUGUGACUGUAAAGAGACCAAGGCAACAUCUGAUACGAUCAGACGCAGGAGUCACACAUGGACAAGCUUUACUCAGAGACGCAAGACAAAGCUGCACUCGGUCUGGUAAACUGACUGUUCUGGAUCCUGUCUAACGAUGCUUUGGACCUACUUGUUAUUUACUUAUUUUUCUAUGUAAAAAUGAGUGUGCAUGUGCGCACAAGAUCAGUUCUCAGUGUGUUUGUUCCUGUGUCUUUGUGUCUCGUCUCUAGUCGUGUGAAAGGUUUUUGUGCUGCAUGUUUGUAUCUAUUCCUAUGGGGACGUGCAUCUUCAUUCGCACUUAAAUGUUGAUGUACAAAGGCGUCAACAAAGGGCAAAGGUUUAAUCAGUUAGAAACCUGAGAAGUCUUUUCAAAGCACAGAACACAAAGCAGCAUUUCUCGCUAUGCACAAAGACAUGAAGCAAGCAGCUCUGGUCUGAAAUCAAACCUUCGUGUGUUACUAAACUGCUCUGGCAUGUCAGUGAUAAUGAACCGGGCGCUGUUAUUAUAAUCGUAUAAACAGAGUCCCCUAUUAUCCUCACCUGAACUGACUGUUGCAUGUCUUAAAUGCAUCUUAAAGAGCACAAGAUACUUUCAUCUGCGACUCUAAGUGUGUUUAUGCCCACGUAUGUGUGUGUGUCUGUGCAUGUAUGCGUGAAUGAGUGUUUGUAUGAUGUUAUGCUCCUGUUAACACAACCGUUGUAAUCGUAGUGAUGUGAUCAAUCGUUUUAUUACCCCUUGCUGAGACAUUUUGAAAAUUGUGAUUUGUAUAAGAAGGUGCAGACUGUAAAAGUGUAUUGUUAUUUGCAGAUUUAAAUUAAAUUAUGCUUUGCAUUUG